UGGGGCCGGUAACACACAUUUACAAAUGUAUGAACCUUUUUAGUGCUCAUUCCAACAGCAAAAUACCUUAAAAUAUACAUACGUCCACAUGGCGGGAGAUCUACAUCAAAAUCUAAGUAUCCAUAUCAAAAUAAACGUGUGUGGAGUAACAAAGUUUAAUAGAUUCAUUUCUGUUGUUCAGAAGAGGAAUUUUUAUGUUAACUAAACAAUGAGGGAACUUUCCUGUGCAGCCAAGAAGCAGAGCGACUCUUAAAAAUGUUGCCAGUCACUUUUUUUCGUUUUCUUCAUCUUUUGCAGCACCUUAAAAAACGGUAAUUUACUUCUCAAACAUUUUUUAAAUGUCCCAUUUAAAAGUGAAAGAGUUUAAUUUGUUUCAGCUAAAGAGUAAAAUGUUACAACAGAGUAUUAGGGCCACCAAAAAAAAGAAGUUAUAUUACGAGUGUUAAGUCAUAAAUUUACGAGUUUAAAUCUCAUAAAUCUACAAGUUAUUAAGUAAAGUGACCGAACUCCUGUAAGUGAAUGUCAUUUGCAGCAGCAGGCCAACUUUUCAGGUAUUUGGAAGCUCUUUUGUUUGAUUUGCAGUUAAUUAAUGUAUCAUUAACUGAUGGGUCACUGCAGGAUUUAUUUUUUUAAUAUAAAAUUUGAUACAUGGAUCAUUUAUUAAAUCCUUGAUAACUGUUGUUAGAACACACUGCAAAGCUUUGGCAAGGAGAAGGUGCUUCCAUCACCCCCGCACCCCACCCUGGUUCUUCACCAGCGCUCUCCAUCCUGCGGACUGCAGGUUAAAACUUGUUCGUACUUGCUAGCGCAUGUCACUUACGUCAAAAGAUAUGCUGCUGCAAAAUGUUUGUUUGAUAUGUUUUCAAGUUUGUGUGCUGAGUUUGUAAACAUCGGAAAAAUCCCAUGGCUCUGUGGUGGCUGAGCUAUUUACUGUAGCGCACAAUCUUUAGUAAAUAACUAAUAUGAAAUUGUUGUUUUCCUAUCUACUCGUCACACCCACAAAAAAAAUAAAAAGAGCAGAUAAAUCACUUAAGAGAACUAAUACGAGACAAUAAAAAAAACGCAAAUGAGACAAGUGAGUACGAAGGAUAAAAAAAAAAAAUAAUAAUUAUAAUAAUUGAAACAUAAGGGUGAAAGAGCCUUUGCAGUAGUAGCUCCAUCUCUCUGGAACUCCCUUCCUCCCAGACUCAGUGUUUUCUUUCAAAAAGCAGCUGAAAACUUAUUUUUAAAAUAGAUUUUUCUUAACUUUGUUUUUAUAUUACUUUUUUACUCUGUAAUUUAUUUUUCAGCCCUUUUUGGUUUUAUCUUAAAAGGUGCAGUAUAAGUAAAGAUUGUUAUUAUAUUAUUAUAAAGGCAUUCAGUGCACAAGGAGGUAAACUAGAACAGGAGCUGCUGGAGAAAAGGCAUCAUGCAUAAUGAAUUGGUAUGAAGUUGAGAGAAAUUGUAGAUUUAUAAAUGCAGCUGACUGGUGAAGCUAAUCGCAGAUUUGAGGAAAGUUGCACAAGUGCAGAUGGUAUAAAACUGAUCAGCAUAAAAAAAAAAUCACAUCAUUGACUUGUGUGGUCUAUGAAGUUCUAUCAACAGAAACUGUUCAUAUGUGGCCCAAAUAAACAUCUGUGAAUUUCGCCUGGAAUUGUUUUUGGUGACUUCAAUCAAAAAUGUGUUGAUUAGUUUGUUGACUACAUUUAUUCUUGUUUUCUUUUUUUUUACUUGUUUUGUUUUAUGAAAUUACACCUAAAACCUCAAUUCUGUGUUGUGAAAACAGUUUGUUAAACAUCCACAGCAAAAUUAAUCUCUGGAACCUAGAGCUUUAGGCUCUAGGUUCCAGAGGGUUAAACUUUGGUAUGGGGGCGAGACAGGACAGGAUUACUGUAUGUGGGAGUGUCUGGUAGAAACAAAAUGUAAGCGUGACAAGGUGAACACUCCAAUGUACGAGCAAACCUGAUACAAAAAGAGGAUCAACGACUGACUAUGUUUUUCAUCGUGAUUCACUAUGUGUUGGUCGCCAUAAACAUUGCAAGCAGUGAGAUACACUCUCUGCUGCACACCUGCACAGUCUUCUCCGAACCUGUGAACCUGACAGGCAUCCAUGAAUUCACUGCUAUUGGUCUGCUGGACAACAGAAUGAUCUACUACUAUGACAGCACUGAGCAAAAGAAAAUUCCCAAACAGAAGUGGAUGAAGGAGAUACUCGAACAGGAAUACUGGGAUAAAGGUACAGAGUACGAGAAGGGAGAAGAGAAGCGAUUCGAAACCCUGAUCAGACAAUGGACAUCAAGUCUCAAAGGCAUUCAUGUUCUUCAGUGGUUAUAUGGCUGUUUCGCUGAAGAGGAUAAAAAUGGUACCCUCCAGUUUAAGCGUGUCUUAGACAUGUACAAUUUUGACGGAAAUGUAAUCCAGGCUGGAACACUCCUCCAUGUGACAGUGCCUUAUGACAUGAAGGAGUGCAUGGACAUGAUAAAAACAUUCCUUAAUUAUUCAACAUCAGAGCUCAUAAAUGCCUCCAUUACCGAACCACCUGAAGUGUUCAUGUUUGCAACACGAGCUAAAGAAAAAACAAACAUUGUGCUGACCUGCGUAGCCACAGGCUUUUAUCCAAAGAAUAUUACUAUGGAGAUCAAGAGAAACGGCCGUGUUCUAACAGCAGAUGAUGGGCUGCUUUCAACCGGGGUUCGCCCAAAUGACGAUGACACUCUACAAAGACGAGACCAUGUGGAGAUUCUGAGGACAGACUCUGCAAAUUACACUUGCAGAAUCACCCACAAAAUAAUCAGUAUAUAUGUUGAGAAGACCUGGGAUCGACAACUUCCUUUAAAUGAUGAUGCAGGAGGAGCUAUUACUAUUGGCGCUGUUGUUGUUGGAGUCGUCUUGUUUGUGCUUGUGUUUGUCACGGGGAUUGUGUUGCUCAUGAGAAAUCGUAAGCACAGAAUGUUUCAUCUCAUUUCUCUUAAAACUGUAUUAGAUCAACUUGCACUUGAUGAUCUUAAUCUUUAAAUAUACAACAUGAUGUACAUUUAUCAGAACAGCAUUUUCUACGUUUGGUUUAUGCUUUACAAACUCUGACUUUCUUUUGUAUGAAGUUUGCUUUUCUGUAGGAACUUCACAAGAAAAUCCUUCUGUUUCUUCAACUCCUGCCAUAACUGCAGGUUCAGAAAAUAUUCCAUUGAUCAACCUCCCAAGAGCGGUGUCAUCCCCGAGGGGAAUUCUUAACCAAAGAACACCAAACCCCUCAUUAAGAAGAUCAAUGUCUGACCCCACGAAGAAGACCAGCAAGAACGAGAAAUUUUAUUCCAGCAUUUAGCAGUCUAAAGAUUAGGGAAGUGUUUAGUUAAAGUUAAAACAGUAAAGAAAACAAACAUUUAAUGUUAGUUAAAAAUAAUUGUUUUAUUUUUUAACAUGUUUUUUAUUACUGCAUACAUUUUUUAAAUGGCUGUCACAAAGUAUUUAAUAUAUUUGUUUAUAUGUCUAGUGUGUAUAAUGUUUAUAAGUG